CGGGAGCCGCCGCCAUGACCUCGGCCUUGGAGAACUACAUCAACCGCACUGUCGCGGUGAUCACCUCUGAUGGAAGAAUGAUCGUGGGCACUCUCAAAGGCUUUGAUCAGACCAUUAAUUUGAUUUUGGAUGAAAGCCAUGAACGAGUGUUCAGUUCUUCACARGGAGUUGAACAGGUUGUCCUGGGAUUAUACAUUGUAAGAGGUGAUAAUGUUGCUGUCAUUGGUGAAAUAGAUGAAGAGACAGAUUCAGCUCUUGACUUGGGGAACAUUCGUGCAGAACCUUUGAACUCGGUUGUGCAUUAAAGGAAAAAAUGCACAGGGACUGUGUAAAUGUUUGGUUGUACAGACCUAUUUAAAGAACAUGGACAGUUUUUACGAAUUGUGUGUAACUUGUUUAGUCAUCACUUUUUUUUUUUACUAUGAAUAUGUU